CGUCCCGCCCCCAGCCCCGUCCCGGAGGCUCGACACCCCGCCCCCACGCGGAAGGUCGCGGAGCCCGCACCAUGGCCGCCACCACGCCGCUUCGCGACUGCCAGGCGUGGAAGGAUGCCCGGCUGCCGCUCUCAACCCCAAGCAACGAGGCCUGCAGACUGUUUGAUGCCACCCUGACCCAGUACGUAAGAUGGACCAACGACCAGGGCCUUGGUGGCCUUGAGGGCUGCCUGUCAAAACUCAAAGCAGCAGAUCCGACCUUCGCCAUGGGCCACGCCAUCGCCAAUGGCCUCGUGCUGAUUGGCACCGGAAGCUCCGUGAGGCUGGACAAGGAGCUGGAUGCGGCCGUGAAGACGAUGGUGGAGGUUGCCAAAACCCAGCCCCUGACCCACCGGGAGCAGCUGCAUGUGUCUGCAGUAGAGACCUUUGCCAAGGGGAACUUCCCAAAAGCCUGUGAGCUGUGGGAGCAGAUUCUCCAGGAGCACCCGACAGACAUGCUGGCCCUGAAGUUUUCCCACGAUGCCUACUUUUACCUGGGCUACCAGGAGCAGAUGCGAGAUUCUGUGGCUCGAGUUUAUCCCUUCUGGACGCCCGAUGUCCCCCUGAGCAGCUACGUGAAAGGCAUCUAUUCUUUCGGACUGAUGGAAACCAACCUCUACGAUCGGGCAGAAAAGCUCGCCAAAGAGGCUUUAUCCAUUAACCCGACGGACGCGUGGUCGGUGCACACCGUUGCGCAUAUUCACGAGAUGAAAGCGGAGGUCCAGGAAGGACUGGAGUUCAUGCAGCACUCAGAAGCCCACUGGAAGGGCUCUGACAUGCUUGCUUGUCAUAAUUACUGGCACUGGGCCUUAUAUCUGAUUGAAAAGGGCGAAUACGAGGCUGCGUUGACCAUUUACGAUGACCAUAUCCUCCCCAGCCUGCGGGCCAGCGGGGCGAUGCUGGACGUGGUGGACAGCUGCUCCAUGCUGUACCGGCUGCAGAUGGAAGGGGUCUCCGUGGGCGAGCGGUGGCAGGACGUCCUGUCUGUGACCCGGAAGCACAGCCGAGACCACAUCCUGCUCUUCAACGACGCACACUUCCUGAUGGCGUCCCUGGGCGCGGGGGAUGCCCAGACCACGCAGGAGCUGCUGACCACCCUGCGGGACGUCAGCGAGUCCCCGGGGGAGAACUGCCAGCACCUCCUGGCCCGCGACGUGGGGCUGCCCCUGUGCCAGGCCCUGGUGGAGGCCCAGGAUGGGAGCCCUGACCGCGUGGUGGAGCUGCUCCUGCCCAUCCGCUACCGGCUGGUCCAGAUCGGAGGCAGCAAUGCCCAGAGAGACGUCUUCAACCAGUUACUGAUUCACGCGGCCUUGAACUGCUCAUCCGGCCUCCACAAGCACGUGGCCCGGAGCCUUCUGAUGGAGCGAGAUGCCUUAAAGCCCAACUCCCCCCUGACCGCCAGGCUCAUCUGCAAGGCAGCCGCCGUCCACCUUCUGCAGUGAGCCAACUUGGCCGCCCCCCCGGCAGGGCCUCUGCGGCUCUCAGACCAGCUGCUACAUGGGCUUUGCAGGGUUACAAGUGGCUGGGGCCGGUUGGCCGGGCCCGUAAAGCAGAAGGCCCUGUACCCAGCAGCGUUACAGGAAGAGGGGCAGAAAUCAAUUUUCAGCAUGGUUCCAAAUCUUCUUCUAAUCCUCGCUCAGGGCCACAGUGCGGUUUCAAGCAGAGCCUAGGUGGGGGCUGCUGUUCCACUUGCCUCAAAAACUGUUUUCCCAGGGGACCCUCCCUUACACCUGCCAGUUCAAGGGUUGGAAGGCGCGGGUGGGGUGGCGGUGGGCGCAGCUCGGGGAGGGGAAUCUCCCAUCCAUCCCUACGGGAACCCCUCUCCCCACUCUAGGCCGCCUCUGGGAUAAACCCCAUCAUUCUGCCUUCCUCUCUAUAUUCUGGAAAGGUUCUGUUGUUCCACCUUUUGGGUGAGGGUGCCCAUGGUGGGGAGUGACUUGCCCAGGGUCCCAACUAGUGGGGGCCCUUGCCUCCUGGGAGACAGGGGCUCCCACCUCAGUGCCUGGGCCCUUAGCCCUUCUGCUGUGUCUGCAGAGACGUCUGCAAGCUUCCCCUGGGGCAUUAGUGACACUGAUUUGGGUUGAUUUUCUCUUAAUUCUAAACUGCACAUUGUCAACGAUGAUUCUUAAACAUUCUUUACUUCGCACGGGAGCACAGUUGAUUCAUGAUAUUGUGUUGGUUCCAACCAAGUGACCCAGCCACACCUACGCGCGUGUCUGCUGCUUCCCAAGCCCUUUUCCCAUUGGGGCACAGGCGACGGAGUAGGGCUCCCUGCGCUCUCCAGUAGGCCCUCGGCGAUCAUGUUGUCAGCCGUGAUUUUAGUCACGUGUGCACACUCGUAUCUGCUGUGCCUUCUGAGGUGUGAGGGUUGAGUGUGGAGGCAGAAACCAAAGCUUUGUGACUUGGCUUCAACAAGAUCCGAGCCAGUGUUGUAACUGCUGCCUCUGUCUCCCUCCCCGCGGGGAACCCGGCCUUGACGUCCAACUCGGUGGUGCCGUGAGAGGCUCUCAGCCCACUGGAGCUUCUCAGGUUCCUUCAGUGCAAACUGAGAUUAGGGUAGGGACUCACGGGGCGGGGAGGGGGCAGGUCUUCCAGGAGGCAGCAGACACCUCUAAAUCGACUGGACACAUUUCCUGGGGUUAAAAUACAUUAGUUGAUUGGCUCCUUUGCCUGACUGUUACUGGGUGGGCACCUCUGACCCUCCUCCAUGUGCCAGGCCUGGGCUGGGUCCCGGGCAGACAGGCUUCUCCUUGAACAUGGGGGUAGGUUAGGGCAGUGAGUCAAGAGCAGAGUCAUUACAAUGGGAUCUCAAGAGAGGUGCUGUCUGCCCCCAGGAGUUAGGGACACAUCCCGAGGGGAGCCUGCCCUCCCAUUCUGAGCUGUCCCUUCCUGCCAGGUCCCCUGCUCAUACCCUAUAUGCCCUCCCCUCUCCUGGUUCCAAGCAAGAUACAGCCUGGCCAGGGGAGCCAGAACCCUGGCCCCCUCCUCCAGGAAGGCCUCCAGCCUCCCACUGCAGGCCAGGGUCCCACAGUCCUUGCUAUUGCACCUUUCUCCCCAGCUGUGCCCUCCCCAUCAGGGACAUCUGUGUCCCAGCAUCACCCAGCACGGAACUCGCCCUGACUACCUGUCAGUGAACCCAUGACUGGUGAACGAGCCCUUGAAUGAGUGCAUUACAAAAUGAAGCAGAAUCCUACUGGGGACAGGAAGAAAAGAAUCGACAGUAGGUAGGCCAUUGACAGGAGAGGAGGGGCUCAAGAGAAGAGCUGGAUGAAGGUAGAAUUCAGGUAGCCGCAAUGAGUUAUUAACAAUUGGUGUGUUCACUGACCGAGUCUCACAUGCUGACAUGAUACAGGGAGAGGGGGAUUGGGAGUGGGCGUUUGGGGACCCUGGCCCCCAGCAGACACCCCCAGGGAUGUGUGGAUCUGACACCUGGGUGAAUACCCCUUGAGUCUAGGACCCAGUGGUCCUGUGGUCAUGAAUCAGGGAAACCCAGGCCUUGGGACCAUGGGCUGAGCACACACACUAAGCCGGCCAUUGUUUUCAGGAGGCCCCGGCGGGCAGAGGGAAGCCUGGGGCCCCUGGGCGAGUGGGCUCAACAAAGGCUCCUGUGGGAAGCUGAGCAAGACCCAGAGUGGCUGCUGGGGGACAGUUCGACCUAGUGCCUUCCUUCAAGCCCCUCUCUCCAUCCACGCCUGCAGCCAGGGCUGCUCCUGGGCUUCCCAAUUCCAGCCAAUAAAUUCUUUUUCUGAAGCCAA